GAGUCUUUUUUGAUAAAAUAAAUGUAAUAAAUUAAACAAGUAUAAAGGAAAAAAGCAAAUUAAGAGUAAUUAAUGAAUGAAAAAAUGAAUGGAAAGAUAGAUCUAAUAAGCAAAGACAAGAUCUCGAAAAAAGCAGGAAUUUUAACAUCAAAUCUACCAUUAAAAAAGUUUAACAAGAAAAUGAAAAAAAAAGAAAUAGAGAGAAAAAAGAGAAAAAAAGAUAAUACAUAUAUAUAUUAUGAAAGAGAUCAUCAGGGAGAUGAAUUACCAUAUGAAAAAAUGGGACGUAGUUUCAACUUAGUAGAAGAUUUAUCAAAUACAUUUACACUACCAAUCAAAACAAGAGAUGGACAAGUUCGUUUAAAAAGAGAAAAAAAUACAGGGAAAAAAGUUUCAAUAGAACCAGAGAUUAUUAAAGCUAAAAAUGAAACAAAAGAUAUAGAAAUAAAAGAUAAAAAAGAAAAAGAUAUAAAAGAAAAAGAUAUAAAAGAAAAAUUAGCAUCAAUAGCACAAAUAAUUAUUGAAAAUCCGGAAGAAAAUAUUGGGCAAUUGAAAAUAUUAUACAAUAUGACUAUAUGUAAUACGAUAUCUAUUCAGCGUUUAGGAUUAUUAACACAACUUGCAGUAUAUAGAGACAUUAUUCCUGGAUAUUCUAUUCGUCCAUUAACAGAAAUCGAAAAAGCAUCUUCUGUUUCUAAAGAGAUAAAAAAGCGCCGUUUAUUUGAAGAAUUACUAGUUUCUAAUUAUCACGAAUAUGUAUCUCUUUUAUCAAGAACAAUUAAAGCUGGAUAUAAAUUUCCAAAGAAAUCACCACAACAAUUUCUUUCUGAUAUAUCAUUUUCAUGUAUUUGUUAUCUAUUACUUUCGGCACCUCAUUUUAACUAUCGAGAUAUGCUUUUAGACAUAAUUUCUACUAAACUAACACACAAAAAAACAGAUGUUUCAUUUAAUGAGUGCAAAAAAACAAUAGAAGAAUUAUUUAAAAAUGAUAAAGAAGGAGAAAUAAGUUUAGAAAUAGUAAAAAAACUAACGAAUGCUAUGAAAAAGAAAAACUAUAAUAUUAAUGAUAAAGUCUUGAACAUUUUUUUGAAAUUGGAAUUCCUUUCUCAAUCUAAUAUACCAUCUGAAAAGAAAAUAAAUAAUCCUCGUAAAAGAAAACAUGAAAAACAAUUUAUGAGCAAAAAAAUGAGAAAACUAGAGAAGGAAAAAAAAGAAAUAGAAAAUGAAAUGGAUAGUAUCAAAAGAAAUAAUCAAGAAAAAGCAAAAAUUCAAGGAAAAAUAUUAAAAUUAAUAUUUACAACAUAUUUUCAAAUAUUACGAAACGGUUUAAUAAAUCAUAUUUAUGCUUCUUUAGAAGGCCUAGAAAAAUUUUCUCAUCUCAUUAAUGUUGAUUUUUUUGAAGAUUUAUUAAAAUUAUUGAAGGAAUUGUUAGAAAAUACAUUUAGUGUCAAUCUUAACAUAUCAAUAAAAAAUAAUACAAAAGGAGGACUUCUAUGCAUAGUUGUUGCUUUCAAGCUACUUUCUCAACAAGCUCAAAUGAAAGAAACCAUAAAUCUUGAUUUAUCAGCAUUUAUUUUUUAUUUAUAUUCAAUUAUGAUUCCUAUGUCUUUAAAUUCUUACAUAGAAGCUGAUAUCGUUUAUAAAUCAAAAAAACAGGAUGAUAAUAUAUCAAAUAAUGACAAUUCAUUUACCAAAUUAAGUGAAAUAGAAAUAUUAGAAGAAUGUUUUGAUUAUAUUUUUUUUCAAGAUAAGAAUUUAAACCUAUUAAGAGCGGCUGCUUUUAUAAAGCGCCUUUUCACAGUCUUACUGGGAUUUCCCGAAAAAUCUGUUAUAAAAUCUUUAAAUUUAAUACAAAAACUGAUCAAAAAACAUCCUAAACUCAAUUAUUUUUUAAGUUCCAAUGAAAAACAUGGAGAAGGAAUAUAUAAUGGAGAAAUUGAUAAUCCAGACCUAAGCAAUCCCUAUUUAAGUACGUGUUGGGAACUAAUUCUACUGAAAAAACACUAUUCACCUACAAUAUCUAACAUUGUAGACACGCUCUUUCACUGUUAA